CGGCGCCACCGGAUGGAGACUCUCAGGCCCCAUCCGGGUCCUCCCCUCCGACUCCACCGGCGCAGAUGCCUGGCCCGGAACCUUCACAGCGAGGGCCAGAGUCGUCCGCUUCCGGCGAGGCGGGAAUACGAGGGCUACUUCCGGAGCGGGCGGGAUGGACGCAGGCCGCUUUCCGGCGGCGAAACCCGCGCCCCUCUGGUUCCGGUUCCAGUUCCGUAGCUCGCGCUGACCCAGUGCGGUCGGUGUCCCGCCGGCUUCUCGAGCUCCUCGCACACCUCGGGCCUGCAGGGCUCUCUUGGCUUCUGCCAGCCCCGUUUCUGUUUCUCCUCGAGCCUAGUUGACCCUGGAAGUUCCCGGGCAGAACGCGUGGGCUGAACGGAUGUAGGGAUGCAGGGAUGACCGGGGCUUGGAUUAACCGGAGAAGGCGCAGCACGAAAAGGUCUCCGGUGAGUCUGAACUUCCCUGUAAGGCUGUCAGACUGAUGGACCCCCUGGCCUGGUCAUCCAGACUGACCAGUGCAGUCAGGCCCAUGCAGUCUGGGGAGCCCAACCUAAGUAAGAGGUCUGGACUGAGGAACACCCCGGCUGACCAGGCCAGCCCACUUCGUUGACGCCUGCCACCAUCGCCAGUGCAGCAGCCAUGGAGAAGAUGUCUCGGGUGACAACAGCCCUCGGCGGCAGUGCUCUGACGGGCCGCACCAUGCACUGCCACCUGGAUGCGCCGGCAAAUGCUAUCAGUGUAUGCCGAGAUGCGGCCCAAGUGGUUGUGGCAGGCCGUAGCAUCUUCAAGAUUUAUGCCAUCGAAGAGGAGCAGUUUGUGGAGAAGCUGAACCUUCGCGUGGGACGCAAGCCCUCGCUUAAUCUGAGCUGUGCUGAUGUAGUCUGGCACCAGAUGGAUGAGAACUUGCUGGCCACGGCAGCCACCAAUGGUGUGGUGGUCACAUGGAACCUGGGUCGGCCAUCUCGAAACAAGCAGGACCAGCUGUUCACAGAACACAAGCGCACUGUGAACAAAGUCUGCUUCCACCCCACCGAGGCCCACGUGCUUCUCAGUGGUUCCCAGGAUGGCUUUAUGAAAUGCUUUGACCUCCGCAGGAAGGAUUCUGUCAGCACUUUCUCGGGCCAGUCUGAGAGUGUACGGGAUGUGCAGUUCAGUAUUCGGGACUACUUCACCUUUGCCUCCACCUUUGAGAAUGGCAAUGUGCAGCUCUGGGACAUCCGCCGUCCUGACCGAUGUGAGAGGAUGUUCACCGCCCACAAUGGGCCUGUCUUCUGCUGUGACUGGCACCCCGAGGACAGGGGCUGGCUAGCCACAGGUGGGCGUGACAAGAUGGUGAAGGUCUGGGACAUGACCACCCACCGUGCCAAGGAAAUGCACUGUGUGCAGACCAUCGCCUCGGUGGCCCGUGUCAAGUGGCGGCCUGAGUGCCGACAUCAUCUAGCCACUUGCUCCAUGAUGGUGGAUCACAACAUCUAUGUGUGGGAUGUGCGCCGGCCCUUUGUGCCAGCUGCUAUGUUUGAAGAGCACCGAGACGUCACCACAGGCAUCGUCUGGCGUCACCCACAUGACCCUUCCUUUCUGCUCUCCGGCUCCAAGGACAGCACGCUCUGCCAGCACCUGUUCCGUGAUGCCAGCCAGCCUGUUGAGCGCGCCAAUCCCGAGGGCCUAUGCUAUGGCCUCUUUGGGGACCUGGCCUUUGCUGCCAAGGAGAGCCUGGUGGCUGCUGAAUCGGGGCGCAAGCCCUAUGCUGGUGACCGGCGCCAUCCCAUCUUCUUCAAGCGCAAGCUGGACCCUGCUGAGCCCUUUUCAGGCCUUGCCUCCAGUGCUCUCAGUGUCUUUGAGAUGGAACCUGGUGGUGGCAGCAUGAGCUGGUUUGUGGACACAGCUGAGCGUUAUGCUCUGGCUGGCCGCCCACUGGCCGAGCUCUGUGACCACAAUGCAAAGGUGGCUCGGGAGCUUGGCCGCAACCAGGUGGCGCAGACAUGGACCAUGCUGCGGAUCAUCUACUGUAGUCCUGGUCUGGUGCCCUCUGCCAACCUCAACCACAGUGUGGGCAAAGGCAGUUCCUGUGGCCUGCCACUCAUGAACAGUUUCAACCUGAAGGAUAUGGCCUCAGGGCUAGGCAGUGAGACACGGCUGGACCGAAGCAAAGGGGACACACGGAGUGACACAGUUCUGCUUGAUUCCUCAGCUACCCUCAUCACCAAUGAAGAUAAUGAGGAAACUGAGGGGAGUGACGUACCUGCUGACUACCUGCUGGGUGAUGUGGAGGGUGAGGAGGAAGAGCUGUAUCCUCUGGACCCAGAACAUGUGCACCCUGAAGAGCCAGAGUAUGUGCUGCCACAGGAGGCCUUCCCACUGCGCCACGAGAUCGUAGACACACCGUCCGGGCCUGAGCACCUGCAGGAAAAGGCUGACUCACCACAUGUGAGUGGCAGUGAGGCAGAUGCAGCCUCCCUGGCACCCGUGGACUCUUCCUUCUCCCUGCUCUCCGUCUCACACACACUCUCUGACAGCCGUUUACCAGCAGACUUCUUCAGUGUGCUGGUGUGCGACAUGCUGCGCUUCUAUGCGGAGCAGGGUGAUGUGCAGAUGGCUGUGUCCGUCCUCAUAGUGCUGGGGGAGAGGGUGCGGAAGGACAUCGACGAGCAGACACAGGAGCACUGGUAUACAUCCUACAUUGACCUGCUGCAGCGUUUCUGCCUCUGGAAUGUGUCCAACCAGGUGGUAAAGCUGAGCACCAGCCGAGCAGUCAGCUGCCUCAACCAGGCCUCCACCACCCUGCAUGUCAACUGCAGCCACUGCAAGCGUCCCAUGAGCAGCCGGGGCUGGGUCUGCGACAGGUGCCACCGCUCCGCCAGCAUGUGCGCUGUCUGCCACCACGUGGUGAAGGGUCUCUUCGUGUGGUGUCAAGGCUGCAGCCAUGGAGGACACCUACAGCACAUCAUGAAGUGGCUGGAGGGCAGCUCCCACUGCCCCGCAGGCUGUGGCCACCUCUGCGAGUACUCCUGACCCGGAAUGGAGGCAGCUUCGGGGUCAUCUCUUGUUUUGUUUUUUGU